UUGUCCUCACCUCCACGACCUAUUGGCGCGUGUUCAACAACAAUGGCUUCCUUGUUACUUAGUAGGGCCCUUUAAAUCUCCCAAAAGAAAAACAACAAAAACCCAAACCUCAACAUCGGUUUUGCUGGAAUCCUCCCUCUCUAUGUGUGUGUGUGUGUGUGUGUGUAUAUAUAUAUAAUAUACACUAGUAUUACAUAUACUUAGCCCUGUGACUCCUGUCCUACACACUUCUAGAUCUAUCUCUUCUCUCUAUCUAAUCUACCUCUUUCUCUACUCAACAUCGUAUACCAUAUUCUUUCUUGUUGUCUGAGGAAUUGAGUGUCAAAAGGGUAAGUUAGUGUUCCAUCUGAUAUUACUCUGUUUCUAAUCCCUGUCGUCUUCUCCAAAUCUGAAAACCCCCAAAUGAACACAAUGAUUUACCCAUUAGUUUCCAAUAAAAUCCCAUCAAUACCCACCAAUCCAGCAAUCAGAAAACCUCCACAAAGGCCAUCUUUUUCACAUUUCAGACCCAUCCAUUGCACACAAUCUCACAACUCCAAUAACACUGUUAGCAUCAAGACAAAGAGGGUAUAUGAGGAGAGAGGAGGUUGUUCACAAGUGGGUAGUCAACAGAUGUUGGCUUUGUGUGGAUUUGGGUAUGGGGUGCAAGGUUAUAGGUGCUUUCCUUGGCUGGCUCUCAAUUUCCACAUGGCCCACAAUCUAAACUUGCAUCCAUCAAUGUUGCAGCUGGUCCAGCACUUUGGUAAUCUUCCCAUGGUGGCUAAGCCUCUCUAUGGAAUCUUGUCUGAUGCCCUCUAUAUUGGAGGUGCUCAUAGAAUACCCUAUAUUUCUAUUGGAGUCCUGCUGCAGGUUUUAUCUUGGGGGUCUUUGGCAUUGAUCCCUGUUGCAGGAGAAGACCUUCCUACUCUAGUGGCAUGUGUUCUUCUCACUAAUCUUGGAGCAUCAAUUACAGAAGUUGCAAAGGAUGCUCUUGUUGCAGAGUAUGGCCAAAAGCACAAAAUUAUUGGCCUACAAUCUUAUGCAUUUAUGGCCUUAGCUGCCGGUGGAAUCUUAGGAAACUUGCUCGGUGGAUUUUUCUUACUAAAAACACAACAGCCGAAAUCCAUGCUUCUAAUAUUUGCAGCUUUACUUGCCGUUCAACUCAUAAUUUCCUCUGCCACAAGAGAGGAUUCUCUUGGUUUACCACAACCAUCAAAUCACAAUCUUGUGGGGAAACCGAUCUCAGAUACUAUUGAAAAACAGUAUUCUGAGCUUAUGAUGGCAAUUAGUGAAGCGAGUAUCGCCCGCCCUCUGAUUUGGAUUGUAGCUUCUAUUGCCAUGGUUCCAAUUUUGUCUGGUUCUAUGUUUUGCUACCAAACCCAAUGCCUAAAUCUUGAUCCUUCAAUCAUUGGAAUGUCACGAGUGACUGGCCAGUUGAUGCUUCUAUUUAUGACUGUGCUCUAUGACCGAUUCAGGAGAAUUAUUCCUGUGUGGAAACUUAUUGGCACGGUGCAGAUUUUGUAUGCUUCCUCCCUUCUUCUUGACCUCAUCCUAGUAAAGCAGAUUAAUCUUAAACUGGGAAUUCCAAAUGAGGUGUUUGCCCUUUGUUUUUCGGGUGUAGCAGAAACUAUUGCACAAUUUAAACUCUUGCCAUUCCAGGUGCUUUUCGCAAGUUUAGCUCCACCUGGUUGUGAAGGAUCUCUCAUUUCUUUCUUGGCUUCAGCAUUAUGUUUAUCGUCAAUAGCUAGUGGCUUUUUGGGUAUUGGAUUGUCUUCUUUUCUUGGAAUAACGUCAAGCGAUUACUCAAGUCUGCCUUUAGGGAUUGUGAUACAGUUUCUUGCAGCUUUGGUGCCACUGAGAUGGAUUUAUAAUGUGUCCAUGUCAAAAUCUGUUGCUGAAAAGGAGAAGAAGAGAGGUAGGAGUAAAAGAACUCGAAGAAACAGAAGAGUUGGAAGAGUGGUGUUUGGUUCAGUUUAUGAAUACCGACGAGGAAGAGAAUCUGAGAUGCAGUGGUGAAGAAGCUAAUUCAAUCCUCAUAUACUUGUAAGGAAAAGAAAGGAAGCAUGAACUUGUGCACAUCUCAUUUUCCAGUCUUCGUACUAUUUCAAACACAGUAAUUCUUUGUCUACCACUACGAUCACAUUGGAUCGUCUGAUGUUGUCUUUGGACCUCUAAAGAAAGCAACUGUGCCAUUCCGAAUUUAUCAUGCCUCAUUAGUGUAAUUUUCAGUUGUUCUGAGUUUGGGCCUUUAGGACAAUGGAUGUGGCUCUCGACAAAGCUGAUUGGAGAACUAUUUACAUGUUUCAUCCCAAGUAGCUGGGCUAAUUGAGGCUUCUUUUGAUCGAUUUGUGGGAUUAAAUGGGGUGCAUUAUUGGUCUCAGUGCUUCAUUUGAUUUGUAAGUUAGUGGAUACAAAGCGGCUGCAUUGCCCUCUAAAUUUAUUGUGAAGACCUCUCCAUAAGAAGGAUGAUGAUCAAAGAAAUGUAAGUGCCAAGAUGAUCUUACCAUUGUUCAAGGAUGUCUAAGCAUCAACUGCAGAUUUGGAUCAGAAUUUCUUAGAGGUCUUCAAAAAUUCAAGGUUUCAAGUACUUCUGUGUGUGUUGCAGUUGAAUGAAUGCAAGCAAGAGGACGUGUUAUAUGACACAAAAAUCUUGAAUCAUUCUGAGAGCUGGCAACAUAAAUUCCAAGAGGGUACCUAAGACCAGAAUAACUUCUUGAAGGAUCCGCAAUGACUCUGGCACAGCGUGGGAUUGAGAAUCUUCCAUCCGAUUUAGGUUCCCUUGUGGAGGGAGGGAAAAAAAUGAAAGAAGAACUUUAAUUUAAUCGAAAGGCAAAUAUUAGCGGUAGCUUGUGCACGUGUUUAUGCUUGUUUUACUCGUUUAGUUAUUUCUAACUAUAUUGUAUUUGUAUAUGUUUUCUCUGUUGUUGCUUUUGUCACUCUCUUUAGUACGCAGUUGUGAUAGAAUUUCUGUUAGGAUUAGAUUUUGUUUCUGAUCUCAAAAUAAG